UAUAGCGAGAGCAAAGUAGUGCAAAACGAAUUCGUUCUAUCCAUCGUCGAAUUUCUGGGCGUAAUACGUUUGUCUAAACUGGUUGAGGACUGAAUCCAUUUUAUGGAUUUCAUUAAAUGUCCAAAAUAUCAAUCUGUAACGAGUUGUUGCGGUGAAAACACGUCGAUGGAUGGAGAAAAUGAGAGCAACGAAUUUCGCAACAAAAAUUCAGCCUUCCACGAACGAAAUAAUAAAAUCGAAAAUACGUAUCCUGUUCUUCACACAGGACCAGUACGUUUCACUAAAGAUGAGCGCAGUAAUGAAUAUUCGAAUGUAUUUUUGCCACUGGGUAUGGACAAGACAAAUUCUAUCUAUCAAUCUUGUGAAUUACCUUACGGUGUAAAAUAUGAAUUAAAUAAUGAAUGUAUGCAAGAGGAAACUGUUUCUUCUUUAGAAGUUGAAGGAAUUCAAGAGUUUCAUUGUCCAAGAUGUGGUAAAGGAAUGCAAGAACCAAGAUUACUGCCUUGCUUACAUCCAAUAUGUUCACCUUGUGUAUUAGAAUUAAUAAGCAAACAUGUCAGAGUUCACAGCACCCAGAGUAGUAAUUAUUAUGAAAUAUGUCCUUUAUGCGAUUUUCAACUACCAAAUGCUAAUUCGCCGAUUCCACCUCCACAUUAUCCUCUUCAACAUCGACUAGUAAUGGAUGCUAUACGUUCUGGAUUUGCGAACAAAGUUCUUUGCGAUGCUUGUACAGACGAAAUUACCGCACUUGUUCAAUGCGCCACAUGCCUUCGUAAUUUCUGUUUAAAUUGUGGAAUGGAACACCAGCAACAAAUCACUAUGGAAUUAAAACCAUCAAAACAUUCGAUAAAACCACUUUGGGAAGCCACUAGAGUGCGACGUACUGCGUUAUGCCAAAAACAUCCAAUACACGCGUUACGUUUUUAUUGCAUUGCGUGUCAACAGGUAACUUGCAAAGAAUGCAUGUGGUCCAUGCAACAUAGAGGCCAUGCAAGCGAGACAGCUACUGGAGCUGGAAAAAGAGUUGCUCUAUAUUUGAAAGCAGUGUUACAACGAGCAAAAACACUUUUAAACAUACUCUUAACACAAUAUGAUCAGAAUAUGUUUCUAAAUAGUACUUUGGAAGAAAUAAAGGAUAUUUUUGCUUCAAUGGACCACCGGUAUGUUAAAUUAAUAACUUAAGUAUACAAGUUAGAGUUAGCAAAAAUAAGUAUACAAAUAUGAAUUGUCAUGUGAUGGUUAAGUUGUAUGUUUUUGUUACAAGUUGAAAAAACUAUGAGACUGUCAUUUGAGGUACAAAUUAAACAUUCCUGUAAUAUAUAAAAAUAACAUACUAAAAAUGAGCAAAUCAUUUUGUUAUUUAG